GAGUGAAGGGGUUGGGAGGAAAUGUCGCUUACUUGCGCACUGUGCUUCCGGAAAGGCCUUUUCCGGAGAGGUCGCUCGGGAGCUGAGGCUGACCGAGCACUCUCCCAGCAGUCUGACUCCGAGGCCAAAGGCCGGGGUCAAGGAGGAGCUUGGCUUUGUUGUGAGCGAUGGAAGCGGAAGCGGAGCCAGGAGUGUGCAGCUCUCGCUGCAGAGCUCCACACCUGCAGGGAGCAGCUCGUGCAGAGAGAGGAGGAGAUCGCCAACCUGAAGGCGGAGAGAAACAACACCAGGCUGCUGCUGGAACAUUUGGAGUUGCUCGUCUCCAGGCACGAGAGAGCUCUUCAAAAAACAGUCAUACGGCGACAGGCGAAGCCUCCGGCCGGCGUGUCCAGUGAGGCGGAGGUGCUCAAGGUGCUCAACUCCAUAUUGGAGAAGGACAAGACCGAGGCUGAAACGGUGCAGAGCCAGAUGAAAGAGCUCCUGGCUACCCUGUGCACUCUCGUGGCCAAGCUGGAAGAGGACCUGGACGUCUCCAGGAAAGACCUCAUCCUUUCGGAAGCAAUGAACACCAUAUUACAAAGAGAUGUCCGUGAAGCCACGGCCCAGAAGGAAGACAUGCAAGAGAGGAUCACUACCCUUGAGAAGCGCUGCCUCAGGGCACAGCAGGAAGCCACCUCUCUGCACGACCUCAAGGAUAAACUUGAAAACGAGAUCGCAAAGAAGGACUCUCUGCAUCGACAGACUGAGGCUCAAAACCGCCAGUUGCAAGAGCGCCUGGAGGUGGCGGAGCGGAAGCUGCAGCAGACCCCGAGGAAGGCCAAGUCGCUGCCCGAGGUGGAAGCCGAGCCGGCCCAGAGGGUGGCCACCCUCUGCAAGGCCGAGCAGAGGCGUGGCAACAUCGAGGAAAGGCUGCGCCAGAUGGAGGCCCAGCUGGAGGAAAAGAACCAAGAACUGCAGCGGGUGUAAAGGCACAGGUCGGGGUAGAUGUUCCUAAGAAGAGGAAUAGCGUGAUCGAGCCUUGACGAAAGGGAGGCCCGUGUCCCUUGAAUCCCCUGAGAAUUUUCCCUGCGGGAGCUGGUCGGACGUCAACAUGAAACACCCAGGAGACAGACCAGGCAGCAGCCUCCCCAACUUGGGACGUCCAUCCAAGGCCAUCAGGUUUUGUUUUCACCAGAAAACUCAAAACACUCACCCUUAACUUACACCAGAAACUCGUGUGCUUGGCCCUCGGGGUCAGAGAAUCAAACAUGAGUUUCCGCGGA